AUGUACAAGUUUAAACAAGUUCUCAAAGCAGGAGGUCAGACGGGAGCUAAUAUAAAUGUGCUGCCGUUUGCGCGGGAUAACAGGGGCCAAGAAAACAUAUCCCUCUCUAUCUAGCUCUGACCUCCAACUCUUCAAAGCGCCUGACAGACACACCGAGCAGCACCCGAUGUAGCGCGCGCCACGUGCCAUGGCCACUCGCGAGGGCUGCCACUGUCCGGGCGCCGGGGGUCAAAACAAUAAUAACAGCAUCCUGUACCAUAUACUGAAGAACGACAGACUCACGACCACCGAGGAACAACAAACAACACCAAAACCACAACAACACCAACAGCAUCGCUGGCACAGGGUCUCCUCCUGUUCCUCCUCUUCUUCCUCUUCGUCGCGGCUUGAGCUAAGGCAACAACAGGCAUGCUCGUGCGGCUCCUCACGGCGAAGGGGGUCUCUCCGGUCCCCGCAGGUUACCUGCAAAGCCGCAUCGGCGGUCCUCGUGAAGACUCUGCGGUUCGUGAAGAACGUGCCGUGUUUCCGCGAGCUGCCGGAGGAUGACCAGCUGCUGCUCGUUCGGAACUGCUGGGCGCCGCUGCUGGUGCUGGGCUUCGCGCAGGACCGGGUAGACUUCGAGACCACUGAGACUGCAGAGCCCAGCAUGUUGCAACGGAUCCUGACCGGUGGCUCUGGCAGCCAGAGCGGCUUAACGGACAGACAGGGUGAACCACUGCUGGAGCAGAGCACGGAAACUCCUGGGGUCUCUCUCGCGGAUAUCCAGGGCAUCAAAGCGUUCCUGAAGAAGUGUUGGGGUUUGGACAUCAGUACCAAGGAAUAUGCCUACAUCAAAGGAGCGGUGCUCUUCAACUCAGAUCUCCCAGGUUUGCGCUACCUCCACUACAUCCAGUCACUGCGGCGCGAGGCUCACCAGGCGCUCAACGAGCACGUGAAGCUGAUCCACCGGGACGACACCACACGCUUCGCCAAGCUGCUCAUCGCCCUGUCCAUGCUGAGGGCCAUCAGCCCCCCUGUGGUUGCACAGCUCUUCUUCAAGCCCGUCAUUGGAGCUGUCAACAUGGAGGAUGUCCUACUGGAGAUGUUCUAUGGGAAGUAGAUGCUUUCCAUGGUCUCGUCCAGAAACAACCCUUAGAUAUGGCCCCUAUAAGUUAUAGGCACUUCUAGCCCCUACUCCCUAGAAACUUAACCUUGCCCCUAGCCCAGGGUUUCCCAAACUCUGUCCUCGGGACCUCAAGGGUGCUCGUCUUGGUUUUUGCCCUAACACUACACAGCUG